GAUGAUUUUGAUAGUGACGUGGGACGCGAAUUGUAUGUGCGAAUCUUGACGCUGGUACAUCAGGAUGCUGCCGAUGAAUUGAACAAUUUUCUUCGUUCACUCUCUUCAGAGUCCAGUUCAAAUGACAAUGAAGCGGAUAAUCAAAUCACCCCUUCCACAUGGUUUAUCAAGCGUGCGAAAAGAAAUCUUUUGCACCUCUGUGCCUAUCUCCAAGCUCCAAGUUGCGUUCGUCUCUUGCUCCAACCUCCCUAUGCGUGGGACCCUGAUCAGCCGGAUCGUACCAAUCGUACCCCGUUGCAUUUAGCUGAGGCCCGGGACGAUUUAAUCACCCAAUGCGAACUGAUCCUGUGCACCCGGGAACAGCGUCAGCCGGCUCGAUGGCCCGUUACCCGACUCGAAUUGGAUGGUUUGGCCUCAAUUUGUUUGUUCUGGCCGCAACAGUUGCUCGCGUUACCGAUACCACUGAGUGCUGUGAGUUAA